AUGGCUAUCGCAUCGUCCACCGAUUUGCCAAUUGGAGACCCGGAUAAAAUUCCAAUCGCAAGAGAUCACCUCAUCGUUGUGGCAUCAGAGUUUCCUGGAUCGGUGAAGAUCCUGAGAAAUUCCAUCGGUCACCGAAUCGGUCUGGAAGGCGUUUCUCCUCUGAUCCUCGACUGGCUCUCCCGUCGAUACAAAUUUCAGUACUCCAUCCUCGAAGUCAAUGUUACCAGCCUGGAAGAUAGAGGACCUAAAUAUCCAGGACUAAUCAGCUACGCAAAAAGAGGGGAGUGCGACUUGAUAAUCAGUGCAAUGGGUCUAUCGUUCGAACGACUGCGCAGUUUGGAACUGGUCCAUCCGUGGUUGCAUUCGCAGAUUGCCUUUCUCAUACCGUAUCCCGAAUAUACCAAGAACUAUGUCAGCGCCGUCGUCAAACCUUUUCAAUUUUGGGUUGGCGUGACGGAAAAUAUCUUCUCUUACAUCAUUACAACAUUACUGAAUCAAGGUGGAUACAUUUCUUGCAAAAUCACACCAAUUCGACUCGUCAUUGGGUCUUGGUGCCUGUUGACUCUUGUUCUGCUCAACGUUUACAACGGAGUUCUCAUCUCCUACGUGACGGCAACUCACCGCGAGCCGGCGCUCAUCAAUUCCAUCGAGGACGUCGCCGCUAAUCCCAACAUCCACAUCAUUGUCAUCAAAGGCCAAGGCCCCGAUACUGUCAUUUCGAUGGCAACAACAGGAUUGUACAAAGUGCUGGGCGAUAAGCUAAGAGCCUACCCAAUGUCGAGGUGCAAUACCAUUCAGCAAUGUGUCGACUUGGUGAAAUCGUUACCCCAUAAACACGUUUAUUUCAGCGCUAUGCCAGCUUUGAGAACUGCCAUUGAAAAUGAUUACCAGCAAAGCCGUCAGUGCAAGAUCACCAUAGCAGCAGCAGAUACUUCAAACAGUGCUGCGGGUUGGGGUUUAGCGAAAAACACUCGUCACCUCGAAAAAUUCAAUCGAGGGUAUUCCAUCCUUGAAGCUAAUGUUACUAGCCUGGAAGAUGCAGGACCUAAAUUCCCAGGACUCAUUAGCUAUGCAUUAAGAGGAGAGUGCGACUUGAUAAUGACUGCAAUGUUUCAAACAUCUGAACGGCUGCGCAGUUUAGAAAUGGUCCAUCCAUGGCUGUACAUGCCGGGUGCAUUUCUCAUUCCGAUCCCCGAAGUUAUUAAAAACAAUGUGGACGCCGUCAUCAAACCUUUUCAAUUUUGGGUUUGGAUGGGGCUACUUGUAGCUUCAAUAGCGAUCAUCAUCACUGUGUUAGGCAUCAAUCGAAUUCUUAAAAUCAAAAUCCUAUCCAUCGGAAAUCAAAACGAAGAAACGAAUAAUCAGCGAUUGCAGCAGCAUCAGGUUGGCGUGACGGAAAAUAUCUUCACUUACAUCAUUACGACAUUAUUGAAUCAAGGUGGAUACAUUUCUUGCAAGAUCACACCAAUUCGACUCGUCAUUGGGUCUUGGUGCCUGUUGACUCUUGUUCUACUCAACGUCUACAACGGAGUUCUCAUCUCCUACGUGACGGCAACUCACCGCGAGCCGGCGCUCAUCAACUCCAUUGAUGACGCCGCCUCCGCUUCUAAUAUCCGCGUCCUUGUCAACAAAGGACAAGGAAUUGACAUGUUAUUUUCCGUAAUAUUAAUAAGAUUCAUAUUCCUGAUUAUCCCAGUUAUAGGCCUAAGUUGUACGGCUUAAUAUAUAAUUUAUGCGCGGUCUUAUAAAUUUCGGGUUCAACAGACAGCAACAACAGGAGUGUUCAAAGCGAUGGGUGACAAAUUACGAGCCUACCCAAUGUCGAGGUGCAAUACUACUCAGCAAUGUGUCGACCUGGUGAAAUCGUUACCUAAGCAACACGUCUAUUUCGGCGUGAGAAAUGCAUAUAAUAUCCUUUUUAUUAUUAU